GGUGUCUACUCCAGUGAAAAGAUGGCAGGAGUUUUCUCCUAUCAGAGUUCAGAAAUCGACUGGUGUGAAGACAACUACAAACACUCUGAACAUGUAGUGGAGUACUUCAACACUAUGAGCAGCUUUUUUUUCUUCAUCAUAUCUCCCAUCAUGCUCUACCUUCUGCACCCUUACGCCAAAGAGAGAAACUUGGCGAUUCACAUGGUCUGGACCAUGAUGAUAUUUGUCGGGAUCUUCUCUGCGUACUUCCACAUGACACUUAGUUUUGUUGGACAGAUGUUGGACGAGCUGUCUAUCCUGUGGGUGUUGGCGCUGGGAUAUGCUGUCUGGUUCCCCCGCAGACUCUUCCCUUUUUUUAUAAAGGACAGGUCCACAUUUUCAAGCCUCGUCCUGGUGGUCACUGUCAUCUCCACAUUGUCAUCAUUCGUCAAACCUACAGCCAAUGCCUAUGUGUUAAACUGCUUUGGCCUCCAUUUGCUUUACGUUGUGGUUGUCGAGAUGAGAUGCUGCAAUGACCAGAAGGCUCUGCGACUGGGAAAGCUGUCGGUGGCUCUGUGGGUGCUUGCCAUCUCCUGCUGGAUUAGUGACCGUUUUGGCUGCAGUUUCUGGCAAAGGAUAAACUUCUGCUACCUGCACGGUAUCUGGCAUAUUCUGAUUGUGAUAGCUGUGGCCUAUGCCAGCACCCUGAUUGCUUACCUGGAUGCCAACUAUGAGAUACCGUACUCUCUGCCUGGACUGCAGUACUGGCCCUGUGAUAAAUGGGCUGUUGGAUUACCUCACAUUGUCCUGAAGGGCACAUCCAAAACACAGAAACGGUGCUAA